UUUAUAUUUUCCCUCAGAAAAAACCAGACGGCGGCUAAGAGAUGGAGAACGGAUCAAAACCACUGGUUUUCAAGCCCAACGACGCCGUUGAUGCUGCCGCUAGUGUCAAUGUCAGAGGAAUCCUCUACAAGCUACUAGAUAACAUCAACAAAGACGAUGACAGACCCACCAUUCCUCUCGGUCAUGGCGAUCCAUCUCCAUUUCCAUCUUUUCGCACCAGUACUUCAGCUGAAGACGCCGUUAUCGAUGCUGUUCGUUCAGGUCACUUCAAUUCUUAUGCUCCUACCGUUGGUCUUCUUCCCGCUAGGAGGGCUAUUGCUGACUAUCUUUCUAGUGAUCUAUCAUACCAAUUAUCACCAGAUGAUGUCUAUCUCACAGUUGGUUGCACACAAUCAAUAGAAAUCAUGAUAACAGUUCUUGCUCGUCCUGGAGCAAAUAUUUUGCUUCCUAAGCCUGGAUACCCAAUGUAUGAAGCCCGUGCAGCUUUUAGUAACCUUGAGGUUCGCCAUUUUGAUCUUCUACCUGAAAAAGGUUGGGAAGUUGAUCUUGAUUCUGUUGAAGCUCUUUCAGAUGAUAACACAGUCGCUAUGGUUAUUGUUAGCCCAGGAAAUCCUUGCGGAAACAUCUUCACGCACCAACAUUUGAAAAAGAUUGCAGAGACAGCAAGAAAGCUCAGAAUAUUUGUGAUUUCUGAUGAAGUCUAUGGCCAUCUUGCUUUCGGAAGCAAUCCAUUCGUACCUAUGGGAGAAUUUGGAUCUAUUGUGCCUGUUGUCACAUUAGGGUCUAUAUCUAAGAGAUGGAUUGUCCCUGGAUGGAGACUUGGUUGGAUAGUCACUAAUGAUCCUAAUAACAUACUUAAAGAAUCUGGGAUUGUACAGAACAUUAAGAGCUAUCUCAACAUCACGUCUGACGCUGCAACCUUCAUGCAGGGGGCCGUCCCUCAAAUCCUUGAGAAAACGAAAGGAGAAUUUUUUUCAAAAAUUAUUGACGUAAUAAGAGAAGCUGCAGACAUAUGUUUUGAGAGGAUUAAGGAGAUCCCUUGCAUUAGUUGUCCUCGUAAACCUGAUGGAUCUAUGUUUGUAAUGGUGAAGUUAGACGUGUCUGUACUUGAAGAUAUUAGAGAUGAUUGGGAGUUUACACUCAAGCUAGCUAAAGAGGAAUCUGUUGUUAUUCUACCAGGGUUUGCUCUUGGGAUGAAAAAUUGGCUGAGGAUAACUUUUGCAGUUGAGCCGGAGUCUCUGGAAGAAGGGUUUGGGAGGAUAAAGGCCUUUUGCCAAAGGCAUGCCAAGAAAUAGCAGCAGUUUGGGUGGAUGAUGAUUGAAUGUCCAACCCUCGGAGACCUAGACUCCCAGUCUUACUGGAGAAACGUUGUGAUUGUUUAAUGUGUCAUAAAUCUUGUGAUAUCUGCGAUAAAAUCAGCAUUUUAACUUAAUGACCCUCA